CCUCCACCUCCUUAAAUCCACUCUCUUUUUCUUCGCUUCAUAAACCCAACGCAUGCUGCUCUUUCCUUAUCUAUCUUCUUCUCAAAGACGACCACGUUUCAAUCCCCACCCUCCUCGUGGCCCUGGCCGGAGAAACAUAAGCACUUUCAGAAAGAGGAAAAGCCGCGAAAGAGAAGGCCAAUGAAAGGGAAGAAUGGGUCUUCUGGGUUCAACAAGAGAAGGGCUGAUGGACGGGACAAGGACGAUAAGCCCAAGAAGACUCCGCACUUGGAAACGCCCAAGCUCAAUCCUUCAAACACCACUAGUUAUUUGCAGAUACUGGGGACUGGAAUGGACACCCAAGAUACAUCACCUUCGGUGUUGCUUUUCUUUGACAGUGUGAGAAUUAUCUUUAAUGCGGGAGAGGGUUUACAACGGUUUUGCACAGAGCAAAAGAUCAAGUUGUCUAAGAUAGAUCACAUAUUUCUCUCUCGUGUAUGCUCUGAGACUGCAGGUGGUCUUCCAGGUUUGCUUUUGACUUUGGCUGGUGUUGGUGAAGGAUUGUCGGUUUGUGUAUGGGGCCCAUCAGAUCUGAAUUACUUAGUUGAUGCAAUAAGGUCUUUCAUCCCAAACGCUGUUAUGAUUCAUACAGAGAGCUUUGAAGCCUCACUUGGCUCCAUUGUUCUUAUGAAUAAUGGGGUCGUAAAAAUAUCAGCUAUUGUUUUACAACCAACUCUUUCAGGAGGAAAGCCUGGUGAUAUGUCUGUAGUAUAUGUUUGUGAAUUACCUGAAAUCAAGGGGAAAUUUGACGAUGAAAAAGCCCUGGCUUUGGGUGUUGGAGUUGGGCCAAAGCGUGGUCGACUUUGUAAAGGAGAAUCAGUAAAGUCGGACUGCCAAGAUAUCAUGGUUCAUCCAAGUGAUGUAAUGGGAUCCUCUCUUCCUGGUCCCAUUGUACUUCUUGUAGACUGCCCAAAGGAAUCUCAUUUGAAACAGCUGUUGUCCACAGAGUAUUUCAAUAAUUAUUUUGGAGAUUUCUCAGGUUCACCUGAGAGUUCUAAGUUGGUGAGUUGUAUUAUACAUUUGAGUCCCGCAUCUGUAGUUAGCAGUCCGGACUACCAGAAUUGGAUGAAGAGAUUUGGUUCAGCACAGCAUAUAAUGGCUGGACAUGAAAGGAAGAAUGUGAGAAUUCCAAUUCUCAAAUCAAGUGCAAGAAUUACAGCAAGGCUUAAUUAUUUAUGUCCCCAGUUCUUUUCAAGUCCAGAUCUUUGUUCAUCAAACUCCAUUGUUUCAAGUGAGGAUUCUGAUCUAAAGCUGUGUGAAAGCAUUGCUGCUGAAAAUCUUCAGAAGUUCGUUUUGCUACCUCAUAGUAAGCACGGAUUGGAUAAAUCUUGUGUACCAAGUUUGUUGGUACCCACAGAAAUUAUUGAUGAAUUACAUUCUGAGAUUCCAGACAUUGUAGUUGCCGCCCAAAAUGUUAGUCAGUUGUGGCAUGCAUCCACCGGAGCAACAGGAGAAUUAAGUUCUGCUCAAGAUGUUAAGUUUAGUGUUGAAGGGCCGUGGUUGCAUGACAAUACUCUUCCUAGCUGUCUGGAAAAUAUAGGAAGAGAGGACUUGGAGGUUGUCUUUCUUGGGACUGGAUCAUCUCAGCCAUCAAAAUAUCGGAAUGUCAGCUCUAUCCAUAUCAAUCUUUUCUCAAAAGGGGGUUUGCUUUUAGAUUGUGGUGAAGGAACCUUAGGACAGCUUAAACGAAGAUAUGGUGCUUAUGAUGCUGAUGAUGCGGUGAGAGGUCUGAGGUGCAUUUGGAUUUCCCACAUUCAUGCUGAUCACCAUGCAGGCUUGGCAAGAAUACUUGCCCAUCGAUGUGAAUUAUUGAAAGAAGUGCCUCAUGAACCAAUACUUGUUGUAGGACCGAGACAGCUUAAGAGAUUUUUAGAUGCAUACCAAACACUUGAAGACUUGGACAUGAUUUUUCUUGACUGUGAGCACACCACAAAAGAUUCAGUUGACAAUGUCACAGAAAUAAAGAGCUUAAAGAAAAUGCUCGGUGAUGCUGGUUUGGAGGCCUUGAUUAGUUUUCCUGUUGUUCAUUGCACACAGGCAUUCGGUGUUGUGUUGAAGGCAGCUGAGAGAACUAAUAGUGUCGGAAAAGCCAUUCCAGGAUGGAAGAUUGUCUAUUCUGGCGACACUAGGCCCUGUCAAGAAUUGAGAGAAGCAUCUCAUCGUGCUACUAUUCUUAUACAUGAGGCAACAUUUGAGGAUGGAAUGUUAGAGGAGGCAAAGAAAAAAAAGCACAGCACAACAAAAGAAGCCAUUGAAGUGGGCAACUCUGCUGAAGCUUAUAGAAUAAUUCUCACCCAUUUCAGCCAAAGAUAUCCCAAAAUUCCAGUAUUUGAUGAGACACACAUGCACAACACGUGCAUCGCAUUUGACAUGAUGAGCGUCAACUUAGCAGAUUUGCCUGUGCUCCCAAGAGUACUUCCAUAUCUGAAGAUGCUUUUUAGAAACGAGAUGGCUCUGUAGUGUAAUGUAAUUCGGUUUCCUCUUCAUCUCACUAUAGUUUGAUUUAUCUACUAAUUCUUUUUUUUUUCCCGUAUGGAAUAAGUUGACAAAGAAAGUAGUUAUUUUUUUCCUUACUCUUGUGUAAUUUGUAGUGUCAUUGUAAUAUUCUUUGAGGGGAUUCACUAUAAUUAUAUAUAGUGAAUUAAUUUGUAAAAAAAAUUGACCGAAUAAUCCUAGUUGAGUUGACA